AUGUCGUUUAAACGGGAACAGCAACACAUGUCGUCUAAACGGGAACAGCAACACAUGUCGUCUAAACGGGAACAGCAACACAUGUCGUCUAAACGGGAACAACAACACAUGUCGUCUAAACGGGAACAGCAGCAAACGUCGUCUAAACGGGAACAGCAAGACACGUCUAAAUGGGAACAGCAGCACACGUCGUCUGAACGGGAACAGCAGCACACGUCUAAACGGGAACAGCAGCACACGUCUAAACGGGAACAGCAGCACACGUCGUCUAAACGGGAACAGCAGCACACGUCGUCUAAACGGGAACAGCAAGACACGUCUAAACGGGAACAGCAGCACACGUCGUCUAAACGGGAACAGCAAGACACGUCUAAACGGGAACAGCAGCAAACGUCGUCUAAACGGGAACAGCAAGACACGUCUAAACGGGAACAGCAGCACACGUCGUCUAAACGGGAACAGCAAGACACGUCUAAACGGGAACAGCAGCACACGUCGUCUAAACGGGAACAGCAAGACACGUCUAAACGGGAACAGCAGCACACGUCGUCUAAACGGGAACAGCAAGACACGUCUAAACGGGAACAGCAGCACACGUCGUCUAAACGGGAACAGCAAGACACGUCUAAACGGGAACAGCAGCACACGUCGUCUAAACGGGAACAGCAAGACACGUCUAAACGGGAACAGCAGCAAACGUCGUCUAAACGGGAACAGCAAGACACGUCUAAACGGGAACAGCAGCACACGUCGUCUAAACGGGAACAGCAGCACACGUCGUCUAAACGGGAACAGCAGCACACGUCGUCUAAACGGGAACAGCAGCACACGUCUAAACGGGAACAGAGCAGCACACGUCGUCUAAACGGGAACAACAACACACGUCGUCUAAACGGGAACAACAACACACGUCGUCUAAACGGGAACAGCAACACACGUCAUCUAAACGGGAACAGCAACACACGUCUAAACGGGAACAGCAACACACAUCGUCUAAACAAGAACAAACAUGUUUCCAUACAAUUGUGCAGCAGCUGUAGAUUUGACAGUAAGAACAGUGUAAUGGUUUCUCCUCUGGCCUUCAUGUGCUGUGUGAAGUAUCACACAUUUUACAUGUGCAGAUGUGAGAAGAAGGUGGACUAGACUCCCUGCUGUGGAGGACUAAGUCUUCCAAGUCCAGUUGAGUCCAAGAUGAUAGUCAAUAUUCCCCUCAAAGCAUCAUGUCCCCACAAAGUCAGAAUAGUAUUGAUGGCAUCAAAUGUGAGCAGAAUGCAUUGUGGGUAAAGGCAGCAGCAGACUUUCCUUGUGUAUAUUUUGGCUUGUUGUGGUAUUUAUUGAAUGAUUAUUUUCAUACUUCAUGCAGACCAAACAGCUGCUGCUACACUAUUUUUCUACCAGAGCAAACUUGAUUUUGGUCUUCCUCUUUGUCAAAUAUCAGAUUUUAUAAGACUUUUCAAAUAAAAGACAAUUGUUUUAACCAGGAA